AUGUUCAACAAGUUAAGAAAGAAAACCGUCAUCGGAUUUACUUCCAAUAACAACCUCGAUAACAUUCCAAGUGCCAGUGGUGUGAUCAAAGAUUUAGGAAAUGUUGAACCAUCCGUAGGUGUUUGGAAAGAUGUGAGUGGAGCACAAUUAAAUUCCGUACAACGAUCCAAAUCCAUUCAUCGAAUACAAGCUCUCACCGAUAAAGAAUCCGAACGUUACUACAUCAAUCAACUCAAUACUGCACCCUCCGUUGAAAUUGUUGAAGAACUACUCAAUUGUAUCAAAAGAAAACCCUCUCAAUUUUCCUCUAAUUUUUGUCAACAAUAUGGACUCUUUUCAUUGAAUACUUUCCUUUUAAAGAAUUUAAUGAGUGUCUUUCAAAAAAAAACAACAAGACUUUCAUUGGAAAGAAACAAACAACAACAAGAAAAUACUCGACUCAUAGAACACCAAGAAUCUGUUUAUGAUGUUAUUUACAAAUGUAUUGAAUGUAUGAAAGAAUUAAGUGAGAGAGUGAGUUCAAAUUUAUUUAAAGAUAAUUUGGAUGUUGUGAAAUCCAUUUCACUCGUGUUGGGAAGUUCAUUUUUCACACGUGAGAAUCGAGUGCAUAUUCCCAUAUUGAAAUGUCAAUUAUUAGUAUUGAAUAUAUUUACCUCUCAUUUACAAAGAGAAAUGAAUGACAUUAUCAAUCAAGUGAUCCUUCGAGGCAUGAAUCACGUGUGUAGUGUCUAUCAAGAAAGUACUCGAUUUUCACAUUUAAUGACAGCCUUUCGAAAAUGUUGCAUUCUUUUACGAUCUGCCUCUCUGAAUACCUUUUCAUAUUCUUCAUUGACAGCAUCUUCAACAACACUCAAACAAGACAUUCCCUAUUGUGAAAGUUUUAUUAUUCAAUUUUUACAAUUUAUCAAAGCAUUGAUCGAUUCAACAUCUGCUCAAAGACCACCACCAACACCACCAACACUACAUGAAAAGGAUCAAUCAAUGAAUGACAAGACAAGAGAUUCUUUUGAUGAUGACAAUGAUGAUGAUGAUGACAACAAGGACGACUCGAUACACUCAUCCUAUUCAUCCUCUUUAUCCUAUUCAUCCUAUUCAUCCUCUUUAUCCUAUUCAUCACCAAACAAGAAGAAUGAAAUGUCUCGUCAACUUUCACAAGAAUUGAUUCAUUUAGGACUUUUGGAUGCCUUAAAAAUUAUUCAACAAAUUGAACACUUGUUGAGUCAAGAGGUGAAAAUGGCCAUUCAAUCACUUCUCUCAUCGGAUGUUAUUGAAAAAGAAGAUCGAGAAGAUUUGACAAAAUAUGAAUAUUUGAGUCGACUCACCAACAAACUUUAUUCGAAAUUACAACAAAAUGAUACCUUCUCUCACAUGAUUCAUAUUUUGGAGAAUUUAUUGGCCAUUUCCACUUUCAAUCAAAGCUCAACAAUGAGUCAUGAUUCUGGACGAUCCUCUUCGAGUAGUCGCUCAACAACAACAACAACUUCUUCUUCGUCGUCCAUCAUUCAAAAAAAUUGGCAACUUUUAGAGAAAAUUAUUGAAGCAAGUUUAACAUCGUAUCAAGAAGUUGGAGGAACAAUGAAUGGCAAUCGUAGAGGAGGUGGUCAUGGCCAUGGUGGUGAUCAUGGUGGUAGUUCUCUCAUGGUUCAAUGGACGACUCAACGUCGUGUCGAAGAUAAAUUUCUCACACAACAAGAACAAAUUAGUUCACUUCAAAAUAUUAUUCGAAAAUUAGAGAAACAAAUUGAACGUUUGGAGGAAGAAAAGAAUCAAUGGAGUAGUAGUAGUGGUGGUGGUGGUGGAAUGAUGAGUGGUCAACAACAACAAGUCACACUCAACAACAACCAUAACCAAUUAUUAACAAACAAUUCCUCCUCUCCUCGAAUAAUAACAACAAGUGAUAACAAACGAGAAGUGGUGGAACUUGUUGGAGGAGAAGAAGAUGGUGGAACAAAUAAUUCCACAUGGAAAUGCUCCUCAGAGGUGACGUGCACGAAUAUGAAUUCAACUGAAAUUUCAAAACUCGAUCGUCACCAUUCCAGUACCAGUACUACUGCUAUUACCACAACAAGUGCCACUACUACUGCCACUACUACUACUACUCCUAAUGAUACCACUAGUGGUACUACUGCCACUACUGCUACUACUACUACUGCCUCUGAUACAACUAUAUCCAUCAUGAAUGAGACUCCCAGAAAGUCAUCCUCCUCAUCUCAGAGCAUCCUAUUCAACAACAACAACUCUUCCACAACAUUGAAUGAGACUCCUCCCAGAAAGUCAUCCUCCUCUUCUUCAUUCCUCCUAUUCAAUGAUUCAUGUGCAAUGGUGAGAAAAUUACACUUUAUUCGAUUAGACAUGGAUGUCUCAACCUUUCAAAAAACCAUCUUUUAUGAAAUUCCUAAAAAUUCAAUUCCACUCAAUACCAAAGAAAUUAUCUAUCUCUUUUCGGGAAGACAAAUUCCACUAAAAGCUAGAACUCAUGUAUUUGAUUUCUCCGAUAAUACCGACAGUGCACAUGUCUCUUUCAUUCAACCCAAACGCAUGCAAUAUGUGUUAUUUCAUUUAGAAAGUAUCAAAUUAUCAGUACAAGAAAUCAAACAAGGAAUUCUCCAUUUGGAUCGUUCCAUUCUCAAUGAUCGAACAUUAAGAAUUUUGGAAUUAAUUUCACCCAAACAAGAAGAAGUUGAUGUCAUUCGAACAUUUGAAGGAGAUGUCUUGAAUUUGUCACCUGUCGAUCAAUUUUAUUAUCAUCUCAAAGAUAUUCCUUAUUUGAAAGAGAGAUUACAAUGUUGGAUAUUCAAGAAUGAAUAUGAACAAUUAUUGAAUGAUUUAUUGAGUCAAAUUGAAACAUGUACCAAAGCAGCCAAAGAACUCACCACUUCCCAAAAAUGGAAAGCCGUGUUAGGAGUCAUUUUGAGUGUUGGAAAUUUAUUGAAUCGAGCUGCUGGAGAUUCUUUGGAAUGUCAAGGAUUUAAAAUUCAUUCUCUAUUGAAAUUGAAAGAUUUAAAAUCUUACAACAACAAAACUCUCUUGGAAUAUAUUUCUGAAUAUUUUUUGAUGAAGAAUUUGGAAUUGAUGAAUUUCGAUAGUGAUUUAUUACAUGUUCCAUUGGCCACUCAGAUACGAACCAUUCAAAUUCGAGAUCGAAUUCAUGAAUUUGUUUUAAUGUUGAAUCAAAUUCGAUGUUUAUUGAGUAGUAGUGGUAAUAGUGGUGGUAGUGGUAGUGGUAGUAGUGGUAAUAGUGGUGAAAGAUUGUCAACUAGUAGUACCAGUCAUGAAGAGAAUUUACCAAAUAUGGAUAAAUUUUCAAUGGAAUUUUCACCUUUUUUAGAAACUCUAAAAGGAGAUUUAGAUCAUGUCAAUGGUAAAAUGGAUAUCAUGACGUCACAACUUGAGCAUUUAGCAACUCUCUAUGGUGAAGAUGUUGAAAUGAUGAAAUUGAGACCCUAUCUCUUUUUCACUACUGUGAAUCAAUUUACAAAAAUGUUUAAACAUCCAAAUCUAAUCAAACAAGUGGAAGAUGAAAUUGAGAAACGAGAUUCCUAUAGUUCGACUAAAAACGAGAAUAGUGAAAAUUCAGAUGCAAUGUUGAAUUCAACAAACAACCAUUCACAAUCUUCUCCACGAACAGAUUCUUCUCAUUCAAUCACACGAAAAGGUUCUCGAUUGGUCAUGAAUUCAAAAAUGUUUGAUUUAAAUGCUCCAUUAAGUGAAUGGUCUUCACAACAACAACAACAACACAAAAGUAUGAACAAUAUGAAAAAACAACAACACAAAAGUAUGAACAAUAUGAAAAAACAACAACACAAAAGUAUGAACAACAUGUUGAAUCAUCAUCCUACAACUUUUACAUUGGAUUCAUCUCCAAAUUUCAUCAAUCCUCAUUUGGAAACGAUGAGGAGUAAUAGUACUACGAAUAGUUCAGAAACUUUAAAUUCUUCUUCAUGGAAUUCCACUGCUCGAAAAACCAAAUCUCUCAAAUCACUCUUAAAAGAUCGAAAAUUUUCACAUCUCUUUCAAGAUUCCUUCAAGAGCAAUAAUAAUACUAACAACAACAACAAUAUGGAUGAUCAUUCAUCUCCUCUUUCAGAUGGAACUAGUAGUACUACUAGUGGUGUCUCGGGUGGUGGUAGUUUAAUGAGCUCUUCCUUUUACGAACAAGAUGUCAAGACAGAGAAAGCUCUCAAUACCAUUCUUGAUGAGUAUGGAGUCACACGUGAAAUGAUUUCUCUCAAACAAGAUUUGAAAUUGGAAUUUGGACCACAAAUUCUUUACAUGAUGAAUACUACAACUAGUACUACAACUAGUACUACUUCUAUUAAUAAUGAUAAUAAUAAUAAUACUACUACUACUACUACUACUUCAACUAGUAAUACUAAUAAUAAUAAUAAUACUAGUUCAAAUCACAAUGGUACCACAAAUAUCACAAAUACCACAAAUACUACCACUCACUAUGAAAAGUAUUCAGAAUAUCAUGCUUAUUUAUUUAAUCAUGCUUUAUUUUUAGGAUUAACCAAAUCACAAAAAAUGUGCUUGUUUAGUAAGAAUGGUAGUAGUAGUAGUAGUAGUAAUGGAACAAUAAGUAAUGGUAUUACGAGUGGUAGCAUUGGUGGUGCAAGUAGUAGUAGUGGUGUUGGUGGUGUUGGUAGUGGAAUGCAUUCACCCAAAAAAGGAUUUACUUCUCCUCGUCAUCAUCAUCAGGUAUCACUUUCACCACAACCACCCUCUUCCUCUUCUUCCUCCACUGCUACUGCUGCUGUUCAUUCGAAUACAACCUUUGUGGAUCCAAUUGAUUUGACCACCACCACCACCACCACCACCACCUCAUCAUCAAUGACGACAAUGACUGAUCUCAUCCCUCCAUUAUCUCCAAAACAAUCCAAUAUUAUCAUUGGCAAGAUGACUCCACCAUCACCAUUCGUAUUGAAUCCAUUCGUAUCCUCCUCUUCACCUUCACUUCCACCACUUUACAAAAUUAUUCAAUUCAAUGAAAUGACCAUUCGAGCCAUGAUUCAUUCACAAGACUAUCCACAUGCAUUUUGUAUUCAAAACUUUAAGGGAGAUGUUGGUGAAAUAUUUAUUGCUCCUGAUAAAUAUUCACGUGAAAUUUGGAUGGACCGAAUUCGAAAAUUGAUUGAACCACCUUUCUUUUCAGAGAUUUGGACCAAACGAAUUAAUGAAAAUAUUCAACAACAUUUAGAAGCAUCAGUUACUAAUACUUCUACUACUCAUACUUCUACUACUCAUACUAAUACUACUCAUAGUACGACUGAUCAUUCUCAUGAUUCUACGACUGAUCAUUCUAGUGAUUCUACUUCUCAUACUACUACGACUGAUCAUUCAAAUUCUCGUGAUGAACAUCAUAUUGAAUCGUAUUAUACAAUUCCCAUCUCUGAAUUGAAACCUUUCAAAGAAAUUCCAAAUACAGAAGAAUUUGUGGAAUUUAAAGGAAGUACUCAGGAAAUUUAUUUUGCAACUCUUGAAAAGUUAUUCCAAUAUUUAACAGAUCCAAUUGAACAUGAUAAUAAUUUUUUAUUUACAUUCAUGUUGACGUAUAAAUCAUUUACAACUUCAGAACAUUUAUUGGAGUAUUUAAUAGAGAGAUACAAUACACCACCACCACCAAUGACUCCUUUGAAUGAAAACAAUCUUCAAACGACAAGUAAGGAAACGAUGAAUGAAAAAGCAUCGAAUCAGGAUGAUGGAACAAGGAACUUGCCUGUCAAUAAUAGUAUCGAAUGGAAGAAACAAUUAUUUGCCAUUCGAUUAAGAAUUUGUCAAAUCAUCAUGUAUUGGAUCGAAAAACAUUUCUAUAAUUUCAGGAGAGAUCCUGCACUCCAAAAACGAAUGGAUUACUUUAUUAGGGAAGUGUUGCCAAGAACAAAAAUGGAAAAGGCAGGAGAACGCAUUUUGAAUACAUGGGAAGUGAGAAAGGCUCAACGAGAAACAUUUUCAUUACAACAAAUUCAAAGACAACAAUUACAAAUUGAAUUACUGAGAAAACAAAUUGAUCGAACACUCUUGGAGAAUAAUGUAACAUUGAGAGAUUCUUCAUCACCUCGAAAGACUUCUAAAUUUCAAAAAAUUAUUUCGAAAUUUAACAAUGAAGGAGGUAGUGAUUCUGAUUCACCAAGUGCUGCUGGUAAUAGUGGUGGUGGUGGUAGUAAUAGUGUUGGUUCUUCCUCUCCCAACUUGUUCAUUGGUCACUCACGGAAUUCUGUGAGUAUCAUUGGUAUUGCAAAUCCUCCUGAUAAUCCACUUUUAGAAACUGCUACAGAAAUUGCACGACAAUUGACCAUGAUUGAUAUGGAGCUUUUUAUGAGAAUUCAACCAAAAGAAUGUUUGAAUCAAUCUUGGUCAAAAGAAAACCAAAAGAAAAUGGCACCAAAUAUAUUUGCCAUGAUUGAGAGAACGAAUAAUUUAGUGACCUAUGUUGCAUUUCAUGUUUUAAAACAUGAGACAGCUAAGGAACGUGCCAAAUAUAUUCAUAGGUUCAUCAAAAUUGCUAAAGAAUUGAGAAACUUAAAUAACUUUAACAGUUUGAAAGGUGUCAUUGCAGGUCUCAACUCAAACAGUGUUUUCAGAUUGAAAAAGACAUGGGCUCUGGUUUCAGAAAACAAGAAGGAACAAUUUAAAGAGUUGGCUAAAUUAGUCAGUCACGAAACCAAUUACAAGCGAUUGAGAGAGGCCAUGAAAAAUGUCGAACCUCCAACCAUUCCUUAUAUUGGCGUCUAUUUAUCAGAUUUAACAUUUAUCGAUGAUGGAAAUGUCGAUUACAAAGACUCAAAAAUUAACUUUUACAAACAACGACAACUUGCCAAUAUCAUUAGAACCAUCCAAAAAUUACAAAAAACUCCUUAUUCAUUCCCAUUUCACAUUAUUAGAACCAAAUUGAACAAUAUUUAUUUCAGUAGUAUGUUUGAUGAUGGAAAGUUGUACGACAUGUCUCUUGAGAGAGAACCAAGACAAUAA